AGGAAUCAUCCAUUUAUUCCGUUUGGCAGUCCUAGUUUAUGCGUCAUGGCGUUCUAUACAAGUGGCGAUAGUGUCAAUGCUAUCGUAGCUGAUUUGGGUUCAUACGCCAGUAAAAUUGGUUACGCCGGAGAAGACCACCCCAGAUCCUAUUUUCGAUCGGUAAGGAAUGACAAUGGGAGGGAGGGAACGGAAACAAGAAAAAUCUCCAUUUUAUUCGAAUCAAUCAGAAGUUCUGCGCCUGCAAUCAAGAUACUAACGAUUCGACUUUUGUAUUAUCUGUUGUCGUUCGUCGCCGUAAUGUACGAUUAUACAUUUUUUCCGUUAAAUACUGUAUCGUCAUGCUCGUUUCAUAUCGUAAUUCUUCGAAUGGAUAUCUGAUUCUCAGAAUGUGGGUGUUUUGCGGGAAGAAUCUUCGGACGAACGAUCAUCAGCCCGUCGAAGGCCCAUCCAAAAAGUGAAUUACGAUGCACUGAACCGGCCCGCGGAUCCGGCUAGCGAUACCGAUGGCGAUUGGGAAGUUGCCAAUCCGGUCAAUCUCACUACCGGCCUGUGGUACGAACCUGGUACUUCCGGGAGUACCGAUGCUAGUGGAAGCAGUAGCUACAAUGCCAAUGACCCGAAGGAUGGAGGCAGGGGUUUCCAAAACGACAAUGCUGAUUGGUCCGAUCUGAUACCUACAUUUUUGCGGCAUGGUUACUCCACUGCCCUGGGCAUUGAAUCCUCCAGUGGUUCCGACAGCGACAUUACCAGCCAAAAUCCCUUGCUCAUGAUUGAGAGAUCCUACAAUCCACCCGCUAUUCGCCAGCAACUCUUAGAAAUACUCAUGGAGGAAUGCAGGGUUCCGGCAACAUUUUUUGGACGCGAUGCUACGAUGGCCUGUUACGCGUGCGGCCGAACAACCUCAACAGUGAUCGAUAUUGGCUAUUCGGGAACUACAGUCUCGCCGGUUUACGAGGGGUACGUCGAGCAGAGGGGUGUUCGACGCACACCUAUUGGUACAGAGGCGAUGGACGAACUUUGUUUGAAGCAGCUGCACAAGCUCAUGAAAGAACUACAGAUUCGAAAAAAAAUCCGAAAGAAGGACCACAGACCCCUCACGCCCUUUUGGCAGGUGCGUCAUCCAGAGGCAGAGCGGAAGGACUCGUUCAAACGUCUCUCUCUCCUGCAGAUUGCCAAAGACUGUCGUGAAUCGGGGGCCGGUCAGGCCAUCAAUACGCUGGCAAGUGCGGCACUGCAGGUUCCUUCGAUGAGCUACUGCCUGCCGGAUGGCUCGGUGGUGGACGUUCCGUCGACGGCACGCUUCUCGGUAUCGGAACUGGCCGUGGGAAGCAAGGCGGCCUUAGACGAGAAAGAAGACCUGACAAAUCUCCGCGACGAACACCUGGAACGUAUACGAAGAGACUUCGAGGAGCUUCUGGAGAUUGCAUCGGCAGACGACGACGACGACGCAAACGAGAACAACAACGGCAAUCGAAAAGGCACUAGCUACGACGACGGUAACGAUCAAAAGCGACAGGCUGCGAAAUAUACCGAAGCUACUGCAGUUGGACUUUCGAACUCCCGUAGGGGAACGAAACGAGGAAGAAAGGCAACGACAGACGAGGCGGACAAACAACAAGCACAAAACCAAACCAAGGUUCGCUUUGACAACCGAAUCCUUCAAAGAGCCUGCGCUCCCUAUCUCGAAGCUACGUUUGAACAGCUCACGGCAUCGCCCGUGGCCAACAUGGUGGUAGACGCUGCCUAUCGUUGCGAUCGCGAACAGCAGGCCGGUGUCUUGGGAAAUGUAAUCCUUGCUGGGGGUGGUGCCUGCAUCGGACCAACGGACCAGUCCGUUCCGGAUUCGCUGAAGGAGCAGAUUGAGACCAUCAUUCACGCGCACACACCCGGCUGGAGGGUCAAAAUGUUGUCCCCGGGAAUGCAAGAACGCGCCAUAGCCAGCUGGCUGGGUGGGAGCAUCCUUGGAAGCCUAGGAACCUUCCACGAAAUGUGGAUAAGCAAAGCCGAAUACGACGAAUGGGGAUGUUCAAUUGUCAACCGAAAGUGCCCGUGAACCAAGAUACAACAAUACGACACGCAAGUAUUGGCAAAAUUUCAGCCCUAACAGAGUUGUAAAUUUACCAAAAUCCAUCUUAAAAUAUGAUUUGAAAGGAGGAAAAAUAAAAAAUACAAAAAAUC